CAGCCGCCCGCGGGCGGCCAAUCAGGGAGCGCUUCGUGGUGGUAGGAGCGGCCCCGCCCCUCCGUCCUCGCGACGCUCCUCUGGGCCGAGGCUAUAAAAAGGGGAGGGCGAGAGGCGGGAAGGAGCGGUCCGGAGAAGGGGCAGCGGAGCGUCGAGGGGCGAGCGGCUGGGAGUGUGUAUGUGGAGAGCCGGAAUAUUGCAAUGGCUACUACACAGGCUGUCUUUAUAUUUGCACUCUGCAUUUUAAUGAUAACAGAAUUAAUCCUGGCUGCCGAGAGUUAUUACGACAUCCUAGGUGUUCCCAAGACUGCAUCCGAUCGCCAAAUCAAGAAGGCAUUUCACAAACUAGCAAUGAAAUACCACCCAGACAAGAAUAAGAGUCCUGGAGCAGAAGCAAAAUUCAGGGAAAUUGCAGAAGCAUAUGAAACGUUGUCGGAUGAAAACAAACGUAGGGAAUACGAUCAGUUUGGCCAUGCUGAAGGACGAAGAAGCAAUGGAAACACUUUCCAGCAGCCUUUUAACUUCAAUUUUGAUGACUUGUUUAAAGACUUUGACUUCUUUGGCCAAAACCACAACACACAGUCGAAGAAACAUUUUGAAAGCCAUUUUCGGAGCCAUCAGCACGCUCACAGCAGGCAGAGACGUUCUUUCCCAGAAUUUUCCUUCGGAGGGGGACUGUUUGAUGACAUGUUUGAAGAUAUGGAAAAAAUGUUUUCAUUUAAUGGGUUUGAGAACACACACCGACACACAAUGCAGACUGAAAAUAAAUUCCAUGGAUCUAGUAAGCACUGCAGAACUGUCACACAACGUCGAGGAAACAUGGUUACUACAUUCACAGACUGUUCUGGACAAUAAUACCUGGGCGUUUCUUCUCUGCCCCGCCCUUAACAAUUUUCUUUCUUUCUAUCCUUUGCUGCUGAAAUACAGAAGUUCUUCUGUGAACUGUGUGAGAUUUAUUGUUUAAUCAGAGUACUUUAACUGCUGAAAUAAGCUGUAGCUAAACUGAUAACUAUUACCCAGAACUGCAACAAAGCAAGAUGAGACGAUGUUGACCUUAUUUAAUGGGUUACAUAGAAUGUGCAUGUGGGGGGAAAUCUCCAUAUGACAGUGUUAGGGUCUAUUUUUAAUAACAUAGAAGCAGGUUAACAGAUUACCUCACUAGUGCCGAGUUAGUGGUACAAUAAACAUUAUUAUUGUCAGAUUUCUAUUUCUAUAAAGUGUUAUCCUGUUGAGUGAUUGUGUGAUCUUAUGUUUUUAAUUAGUUUGCCUACUCCAAACCUGAGUUAUUAGUAGUCACUUUAAAAUACCAUGAAACAUUAAAUUUGACUUUUUUAGGUGACGUGUGACAAGUGUUGAGCAAAAUUGACCUUGCAGCUUUUAUUGUUAGGCCCUGAGCACAGAAAGUUGGGAAGCAUUAGCAGCGACGAUCAUGGCCAGCAUCUGAGGUUGGCUUUGUCACUGUUAGCCAGUUGUGAGUUUCACUGAAUUGCCUCAGUACUAGUGUAACAAACUACUGUUUUACCUGUACCACAUAAAACAGAACACUUGA